AUGUUCUCCGCAAACUGGAUCCAGAGAUCUCAUUACUUCCUCUACGCAGUCAUUGCCAUGACUCUCUUGCCUUCUGUUCAGCUGUUAGAAUCACACCCACACUCCAUUGUACGAAGAUACAGAGGCAAUGAACCUAUCAAAACAUGCUCUCUGCUUUUUACUUUAAAUGGACCCGAUGGUCAUUCAAGAUGCCAAACAGCCGAUAAAUCUGUUUACAGCUGCGACUUCAGGGAUUGCCCCCACUUCAACGUUCCGAAUGGGUUUUCACUCCGUGAAUGCCGAGCUAUUCAAACACCCACUGCCAAGCCAUUUGGAAAAGCGAAGGAAGUUCAGCCGUUUUUCUACAAGGACGAGGGCAGCUCCAUAGAGGCCCGAGAUGCAUCUGACACAUACUAUGAAUGCUCAUCUCAAGCAAACAAGUACCGCAGGCUCUCGUGCAACAGUUGUUUGUUGGUGUCUAAAGGAAGUUAAACACCCACCAUCUGAUUGCCACCCAGCCAACUUGGCUCACACUUGGCUACUCACGAAUCAUCACGAGGCUCGAAACAGUGAAAUCUUUUAGGAACAUUUUUUUUUUCUAGAUAGAAGAUUAUCCGUCUCCUCAUUCAAAUGCUUCCCAUUCAACUGCUUACCGUUUCUAUCUACUUACCCCUGACUGUGUUUCCCGGGGGCAUGGACACGCCACAUUUUCCAUCUGUAUUUUACUGUAGAAUAGCAAAAAUAAAGAGA